UUGGAACAAAGAGAUAAAAAGAAAGAGAAAAAAAGUGAACAUCUGAGGAUAAAAAAGCCAAGUUAGAUAACAGGAGAGAUGAACACAACUGUGUUGUAGUUGUUGUUGUUGAUGUUUGCUUUGUUCUCUUUCUCUCUCUCUCUAGGGUUUCAAGAGUGUUUUGAACUACUCCAGAACCCUCUCUUGUUUUUCACAAAUUUGGGUUCAGUAGAGUACUGACCCAGAAAAGAAGAUUCAACAGGUACCUAAGAGAAGGAAAGAGGGGGAUAGAAAGAAAGAAAAAGAAAUAGAAACUGCACGUAUAAAAGAAGAAAGAAAGAAUCAAAGAAAAUAGGAAAAAAGGGCAAAUAUUUUGUUUGAAUAAGAUAUAAGGCAAUAGUAAUAUUAGUAUUGUUGAUAAUAAUUAGGUAGAAAAAAUAUUAUGGGGAGGGGAAGAGUGGAACUGAAAAGGAUAGAGAACAAGAUAAACAGGCAGGUAACGUUUGCAAAGAGGAGAAAUGGGCUUCUCAAGAAAGCCUAUGAGCUUUCUGUUCUCUGUGAUGCUGAGGUUGCCCUCAUCAUCUUCUCCACCCGUGGCAAGCUUUAUGAAUUCUGCAGCACCAACAGCAUGCUCAAAACACUUGAAAGGUACCAAAAGUGCAGCUAUGGUGCAGUGGAAGUCAGCAAACCUGGCAAAGAGCUUGAGCAGAGCAGCUACCGUGAGUACUUGAAGCUGAAAGCAAGAUUUGAAUCUCUUCAAAGGACCCAAAGGAACCUUCUUGGUGAAGACUUGGGCCCAUUAAAUACCAAAGAUCUUGAGCAGCUUGAGCGCCAACUGGAUUCAUCUCUUAAGCAAGUGAGGUCAACAAAGACUCAGUUCAUGCUGGACCAGUUAGCUGAUCUUCAGAAUAAGGAGCAUAUGUUGGUGGAAGCAAACAGAUCUUUGACCAUGAAGCUGGAAGAAAUCAAUUCAAGAAACCAGUAUAGGCAAACAUGGGAAGCUGGUGAGCAAAGUAUGCCAUAUGGAACCCAAAAUGCUCACUCUCAAGGCUUCUUCCAGCCUUUGGAGUGCAACCCCACAUUGCAGAUAGGUUCUGACUACAGGUACAUCCCUGAAGCCUCAGAGCAGCAGCUAGCUGCCACAACUCAAGCUCAACAAGUCAAUGGAUUUAUUCCUGGAUGGAUGCUUUGACCUAAGAUCUCAGUAUUUUAGAUGGCUACAUAAAUAAAAUUAGCAAACACCUAAGGCCAAAGUCAAAAUGCCUCUUGCUGUUGGAAAUGUGUAAAUGCUGCUUGUUCUUCUGUUAAUUUGUUUUGGCAUAAAAACAGCAGUGACUGACUUAAAACUAUUAAAACUUUAGCCAUAGACAUAGGAUGUGGCAUGAAGGUUAUAGUAUUUAAUUUGAAUAUUUUGGAAGGACAAGUUUUAUCUGACUGAAUGACCAGUUAGUGUCAUUUUUUAUUUGCAAUCUCUUUCUAAUCUGGCUGCAUUAAGAGUUGUUUUUAAACUUCUUGCAUUCAUUAGUGGAGCAUUGUACAAUGAUAUAUAUGACAAUAUUGUAAAGUAUACUGAGGCUAUGGAAAUGCCACUUGAAUUUA